GUUUUUAAUAUUUUUAAAGCGUGGUUAGUUACAAGAUGGCGACGCGUUAACUAAAACCGAGUUAUUUGUUUAGAUAUUAGAUAUCAUAUCUAGAUCUAGUAAUCGAUAAAUUAAAGAUUUAGUUACUAAAAUGAGUUGUGUUCACAAAAUGUUUCCAAAAUAAUUUUCAUAAACGUGAUUCUAUGACUUUAUCAACUUUAUGGCUUAAUCUCAAAAGGUGGAUCAGCAGAUUGCCAGAUUCGAUCGACAGAUCUAUGAAAAUUAUAUUAUAAUAAAUUAAUAUCGUCAAUAUCGACAGAAGUGGUCUCAGUCUCACUCACUUCCCUCUGUGAACUCAGUCAGUGGUGACUGACAGUGGAUGUGAUCUGCUAGAUCUAGAAUUAGUUAUUGAUGUCGGUUUAAAGAAUGGAAAAACAAGUUAAUGAGAAUGAAGAAAAUGUACAUUCUGAAGUAGAAGAUAAACCUGAAAAUGAUGUACACUCUAGUUCCAAAGUAGAAGAUAAGCCUGAUAGUCAUCUUAGCAAUUCUGAACUAGACAGUGACAUUGAAAAUUUAGAAGAGAAAGGAAACAUAUACUCUACACAAAUUGAUGAUGAAUUAUUUGACAUAAACAAAACUAAUACAGGGGGCACAACUGAGAAUAUAACUCUUCCUUUUGAAUAUAAACAUGGAACAAACAGAACACAAGAGUUACAAGACUUGAAUGAUCAUGAAUUCAACAGGUUUUCUCAGCAGAAGCAAAAUAAAAUUCCUGAAAUUCAGCCAUCUCUCCAUAACAUUAGUGACAAACUAAAUGCCUCUGACCACAUAGCAUCAGAUAGAUCAACUAAUUCAGUUGUACAGAGGGGCCAGUACAGGGCAGAACAGCUGAUUUCUUCUAUAAGUCAAACUCAGAAAAAAAUGAAAGGCUUCCCUUUAGUGAAACCAACUAGAAGUCGGAUUCCACCAAAGUUAGUCAGACUGGCAACAGUAUAUUCUUCAACCACUAGGUCAGAACGUGUACCUAGAGGGCCAAGUCUUUACUAUGUAGAACCUCAACGUCCACUCAAAGUUAUUUCCUGGGAUGAAGCUAAUAAUGCAAGACCACCAUUAAAGAUAGAUAUGGAAGGGCCUAACUUUUGGACAUACUCACCAAAAAAUAAACCACUAUAUGAAACCAAUGCUCCUUCAUUUACUUUUGGAACCAAAUGUUAUCCAGAAAAGGCUGGUGGUUCCAACACUUCCUGGGCAAAAACUUGGUUUCAGCCCAUUGAUCCAUGGCAUAAUAAAUCUGAUUUCAAACGGGAAGGAAAAUGGCCAUCACCUAAUCAAUAUCACAAGCCUUCUCUACUUGGACCACGUCAAAGAACUCUGCCAGAAUCUCCAGCAUACACAUUUGGACAUAAAUUUGAGAUAAUAGGUACCAAAGCAGGUAGCAAAGGAUUACCAUCACCUAGUGACUACAAUAUAGAAAAAGCAGACAGUCUGACUCUUCGCAGUGGGCCUUCUUUUAGUCAUCAGUUUAGGAGAGAAGGAACUGUUCUUUGGUGCUCCACAGAAAUCCUGGACCAGCUGCUUAUUCUCCUUUGAUGAGACCUAGACAAGAACAACCAGCUUACACCAUUCAAGGAAUAAGGCGAGAAAAAUCUCAGUUGCUUGGACCGUUUUCAACACUCUAGUUGUGCAUUGAAGGAUUUUUGUUUUGUUUUGUUUACUCCUGUUGCCAAUUCAACCUUGCUUAAACUGUAUAUAGUUGUCAAUAUUUCAAACAAAGUACAUUUUUAUGUGUUGAUGUAAAGGGUAAAAAACAACAACACUUUUUGUUAAAUAAAAACGUUUUAUUUAUGUUUGCUCAAAUUUGUUGAAGUAUUAAAUCUCCAUGACAUUUGAAGACAACAUGACAUUUAUAUAACAUGACAUUGAGUGCACACUAUUUAUCAAUGAGUGUUAAUUUGCUUGAUCACAACAGAUUAUAUUUUUUAAGGUUGUUUUUUUUUUUUUGUAAGUUUAUGCUCAUUUUAUAUUGAUUA